AUGAGUCUCAAGCCUCCGGCCACACAUGGCGACGAUGAAUACGACUUUGAACUGACGAUUCGAUUCUCCGCAUCGCUGCCUGACCUUCUCCUGUCCAUCCCAGGCUCUCUACACGCCAACACUGCGACGCUGAAGCAGCUGAUCCGAUCACGCAUUCCUGAUGAAUAUGCCACGCGACGGAUCCGGUUGAUCUAUGCCGGGAAAGCGCUCAUCGACGGGGUUCCACUCGACAUCUCCCUCAAACGCAAUGUCAGUCGUCCGCCCAGCCGCAUCGGCACGCCGGGCCCGUAUGAGGAGUCCAGCGGCGCGGGUGGACGGAGUGGUGGCGGAAGAGACGCUGGACUCAGGGCAAAACUCCUCGGUGGGGAGACAUCGGCCCCGUCACGGAUCUACAUACACUGCUCGAUAGGAGACCUCGCGCUAUCGAAGGAAGAGCUCGCUGAAGAAGUAGCUGCGGCGCAGAACGGCGCGGAAGGGGAGGAGAAGCAAGACGACACAUCGUCCAGACAGAAGCAGCAGCAACAGCAGACGACUACGACGCCGGCGCCGAGAGGCUUCGACCGGCUCCAGAACGCAGGCUUCACCCCCACCGAGAUCCAGUCGCUCCGUCUCCAAUUCCUCGCCAUUCAAGCGCACACGCACACGCCAGAUACCAUGCCGUCGCCUAACACCCUGCGCAAUAUGGAAGACCGGUGGCUUGACAAUUCCACGGACGAGGGAGGCGUGUUGGGUGCCGGGGCUGCGCUAGACGGUUCUUCUGACGAAGAGGCUCAAGCGGGUAAUUUGGAUGACAUGAUUUGGGGCACGGUCAUGGGAUUCUUCUGGCCUAUUGGGUGCUUGAUGUGGGGGAUUCGCGAGGAAGGGAUCUGGAGUCAGCGGCGGAAGAUGGCUAUCGUGAUUGGAUUUAUACUGAACAUUGGACUUGGAGUCAUUAGAUAUACGGGUUGA